UCGGCCCAACUGAGACGUGCUGACGCUAGAAGAGGAGACUUGGUGGAGGGUGGACAUCAGAGAGGUCUUCACAGGUCUUGCCCCGAGUGCCGAGCAUCGUUCGUGCAAGUAUGAAUCCCAUGUGGAAGGUUUACAAGAGCAAAGUGCUGAAGACGCUGAACCCGGAGUAUGAGGAGGACGCUGCUGAAGAGGUCACAGAGGUGGAGAAUGAUAUGAGUCCAGUGCAGGAGGACGAGGGGCCCAACGCUGUCUCUCAACUGGCCAAGAAAAUGCAAGGGGCCGGGGCCAAAAGCUGGAACAGAUUUUCAGCUCUGUUCAACAAAGAUGAUGAACACCAGCUUCUGGAGGAGACCGAGAGCCCACCGGUUGCAGACCAUCCUCUUGCAGUGAGGCCCGAGGAGCCUCCUCGACCCACCAGGCGCUCAGGAUUCUGGGAUAGCUUUGCAGCCAACUGGGCCGCCAAGAAGCAGGCAGAGGCCGCAGCUGCAGCCGCCGCUGCAAGCGAGGCGGCGGAAGGCGAAGGUGAGGCGGCGGUGACAGAGGCAGGAGGGCAAGAGAACCUGGACGGGCAGAUCACUGAGGGAGAGGAGAGCGAAGGAGAAGGAAGGAGCAACAACAGCUUCUCCAAAUACGUCUCACUGGGAGGAGGCAGCGAGGACGCUCCCUUCAAGUGGAACUUUGUCACCAGUAAGCUGGCAGAGCUGAAAACCAAGAGCAUGACCAAGACCAACUAG